GUCCAUGCUUCACCGCAUAGCAGCUUUGCUCCAUCUGAUUUGGUACGUUCAGAGGGAAAAAAAGAGAAACUCAAGACGACGGAUUGAAGUCAAGAGGCAUAAGGUGGAAGUUGAUGUCGAUAGCUGCUUUUGGAGGACCAUGAUGAGUCCAGCCAAACUCCACACUCGCCUGGUUACUUGGCUGAUACCCAGGUGAAUGUCCAAUUCCAUGUAGAGGGUGAAAAAUCUUUCAAAGACAUCUCCAAUAAACCUUAUCCAUUCAUGAGAAAGUAUGAAUGAAUCUGUGUCAAUAAGCCAAUAAGCCGGACAGUUCAGUGAACACGAGUCAUUUAAAUCACGAAUCUAAAUCUAAAACCAAUCUGAAACAUGGUUCAACUCGGGAAAAGUGAAGUGAACGGCGGAUCUCAAGUGAGAUCCAGGAAAAAGAAGGUCAAGGAAUCGGAGGUGGAACAAGCUCCAUUGAAGCAUUUGGAUGCACUCGAAUUGAAGCAAAAAUUGAAGGAACGAUUGGACAUCCGGGAACAGAGAUCAUACGGAGAUGGCGAUUCCGUUCCGAGCACACCUCCCAAAGAAAACGGAGACGUAUCGGGUGAUGAGGCCACGGAGACCAUCAUCACAAAAGAGUCUUGUUCCAAGAAAAAAACGAGGUCGGGGGAAACAAAACGGAGUGAACCGAAGAAGCCUCACCAUCCGUUUGUUAUAUCAGUGCAAAUGGACUUCAUGGUUGGGUUCUUGUUUUUGAUCAGUCUCAUCACACGAUUAGUGUUUCUCGAUCUUCCACGAAACGUUGUCUUUGAUGAGAUGCAUUACGGAAAAUAUGCAAGCUUAUACCUUAAAGGGACUUUCUUCUUCGAUGCAAAUCCGCCUUUGGGGAAACUGAUCCUGGCUUUGGCCGGAUAUUUUGCGGGAUAUGAAGGAGAUUUUGAAUUCCAAAAGAUUGGAGUUCCAUAUCCGGAAAACUUUCCUCUGAUGACCCUGCGGUUGAUUCCUGCACUCUGUGGAUCUUUGAUCACUCCCACGGUAUAUCUGAUCUUGGGCGAGAUGGGUCUCUCGAACUGGGCCGGAGCCCUGGCGGCUCUCAUGGUCGUCCUGGACACGGCAAUCUUGGCGCAAUCCAGGUUCAUUCUUCUCGAAUCCAUGAUGAUGUUGUUCGCUCUCUUUGCCAUAUUGAGCGUGCUCAAAUUCAGACGAUUUGCCGGUGCUCCGUUUUCGAUGGGUUGGUGCUUUUGGAUCCUGAUGACCUCGGUCAACAUGGGACUAGCUUUCUCGGUCAAGUUUAUUGGGAUAUAUUCAUGUUGGUUGUGUAGCUUCCUUCUGCUCCGGAGCUUUUGGAAACGCCUCUCCUUAAAACAAGUUUCGAACUUGCAAUUGUUCUUUGAGUUCUCCAGCCAAGCCGUUUUGAUUUGCGUGAUUCCAAUCUUGGUGUACGUUGGGUCAUUCUAUAUCCACUUGAGCAUUCUCACCAAGGCCGGAGUCCACGAUUCUUUGAUGACCAGCGCGUUCCAGGCCAGUUUAGAAGGCGGUCUCAGCUCCAUCGUCGACGGUCAGCCCAAAGUGAUCGCUCAUGGCUCUCAAAUCACGUUGCGACACACCCACGGUAAAACCUGCUGGCUCCAUUCUCACGAACACGUUUACCCUAUCCGGUACGAUGAUGGACGUGGGUCCUCUCAUCAGCAACAAGUCUCAUGCUAUAGCUACAAGGACGUGAACAAUUGGUGGAUAGUCAAACGCCCGGAUCGGGAGGAUCUGGCUGUCCAUGAACCAUUGGACUCGAUCAAGGACGGCGAUACCAUUCAACUUGUGCACGGAAUGACUCAUCGGGCACUGAAUUCCCACGACGUGGCGGCGCCCAUGUCUCCCCAUAAUCAGGAGAUCACCUGCUACAUUGACUACAACAUAUCCAUGGCUUCUGAAAACUUGUGGAAAGUGCAGAUCGUGAACAUGGAUAAUUCCGGAGAAGAGUCCGCGCGAGUCUGGCAAUCCAUUGGGUCGCAGAUUCGACUCAUUCACGUCAAUACGAAUCAGGCCAUGAAAUUCUCCCCUCGACUUUAUCCCGAAUGGGGAUUUCAUCAGAACGAAGUGGCUGCCGAUAAGAACCACGAUCAAUUGGACACCAUUUGGAAUGUGGAGGAACAUCGAUACACCAAACAUGACGAAGAUAAGCGAACUCUAGAGAGAGAGCUUUUCAACGCCGAACUGAUACCGCAAACUCCAACAUAUUUGUCGUUUUGGCAAAAGUUUUGGGAGCUUCAAGUGAAGAUGCUCAUCACCAACCAGGAUAAUGUUCAAAAUCACAACUACGCUUCCUAUCCAGGUGAAUGGCCCUUUUUAGUUCGUGGCAUUGCCUAUUUCAUCUCCAAAGACUCCAAUGCUCAAGUCCACUUGAUUGGGAAUAUCAUGAUCUGGUAUACUGGAACCUUGUCAGUAUUAGCCUACAGUACCAUUCUCAUCAUUUAUCUACUUCGACGACGGCGAUUAUGUUUCGAUGUUCCUGAAGAUGUCUUCCAAGAGUUUGUGGAAGUGGGUGAGGUUCUUAUGGCCGGCUAUCUAUUCCAUUUCGUACCAUUCCUCUUCUAUGAUCGAACCCUCUUCAUCCAUCAUUAUCUCCUAGCCUAUGUCUUUAAAUUAAUGCUCACUGCAUUUUUAAUGGUGCACAUCUACGAAAUUGCAAUGAAUGUGGUGUCACGGAAAUGGUUGGCCCGAUUAGUGGCCAUCGGAGUGGUUUGUUGGAUCUUGGCCACGAUCUACGUCUUCGUCCAGAUGUCUCCAUUCUGCUACGGAUUCUUCCCAAUGAGUGCAAGCCAAGUCAAGUCUUUGAAAUGGAAGGACACGUGGGACUUUAUCAUCCACAAACCUUAACCACUUUACACUCAACGAUCACUCGCCGAGUAGAUAUUAUUCGAGCAAAAUGUAGCAUAUAUAUUAUAUAUUUUCCUCAUAAAUAUGACACAACGUUGAUA